GCUCGAGAUUUUCAAUUAAAAGAUUUUUUCAAUUCGUUUAAUUGUUGACAAAUUUUCUGUGAAUUUUGUUUUCGGUUUUUGUUUUGUAUUUGCUUUAUUGUCUCUUUUUGUUUUCUAAUUAUUUCUAAAGAUGGGUGUUCGAAGUUAUGAGGAAGAAUGUUCUUUUCUGGAGAAAAUUGAACCACACACUUGGAAGAUUAAAAAAAAUUUCGUCCCAAACAUGAAUGUUGAAGGUAUUUUUUUCGUGAAUGAAAAUCUUGAGAAAUUAAUGUUUGAUGAGCUGCGAAAUGCUUGUCGUCCAGGUAGUAUUGGUGGUUUUCUACCUGCUGUUAAACAAAUUGGUAAUGUAGCUGCUUUACCAGGUAUUGUUAAAGGGUCAAUUGGAUUACCUGAUGUUCAUUCUGGUUAUGGUUUUGCCAUUGGUAAUAUGGCUGCUUUUGAUCUUGACGAUCCUAAAGCGAUUGUAUCUCCCGGUGGUGUUGGUUUUGAUAUAAAUUGUGGUGUACGUUUGGUUCGUACUAAUCUAAUGGAGAAAGAUGUUCAACCUUUAAAGGAAAAAAUUGCCCAAAGUAUGUUUGAUCACAUACCUGUUGGCGUUGGUUCUAAAGGUAUCAUUCCAAUGAAUGCUCGUGACUUGGAGGAAGCACUUGAAAUGGGAAUGGACUGGUCACUUCGAGAAGGUUAUGCUUGGGCUGAAGACAAGGAACAUUGUGAAGAAUAUGGUAGAAUGUUAAAUGCUGAUCCUGCUAAAGUUUCACCCAAAGCUAAGAAACGAGGUUUACCCCAACUUGGAACUCUUGGUGCUGGUAAUCACUACGCAGAGAUUCAAGUGGUCGAAGAGAUAUUUGACUCUCGAAACGCAGCUAAAAUGGGAAUUGAGACAACAGGUCAAGUUUGCGUUAUGAUUCACAGUGGAUCUCGUGGAUUUGGUCAUCAGGUUGCUACCGAUGCUCUUCUAGCUAUGGAAAAGGCAAUGAAAAGAGAUACAAUUGAAGUAAAUGAUAGGCAACUCGCCUGUGCCUACAUUAAAAGUCAAGAAGGUCAAGAUUAUCUGAAAUCAAUGGCUGCCGCUGCCAAUUUUGCUUGGGUCAAUCGAAGCUCAAUGACAUUUUUAACUCGACAAGCAUUUGCUAAAACCUUUAACUCAACACCCGAUGAUCUUGAUAUGCAAGUGAUUUAUGAUGUUUCUCAUAAUAUCGCUAAAACGGAGAGACACAUGGUAGAUGGUAAAGAGAAAACUCUUCUCGUCCAUCGUAAAGGUUCAACUCGAGCUUUUCCACCUCAUCAUCCACUUAUUCCAGUUGACUAUCAAUUAACCGGACAACCAGUUCUUAUUGGUGGUACCAUGGGAACUUGUUCAUAUGUUUUAACAGGAACGGAAAAAGGAAUGUCCAAAACUUUUGGGACAACAUGUCACGGAGCGGGUCGAGCUUUAUCCAGAGCAAAAUCGAGGCGAGAACUGUCCUAUCAAGAUGUACUUGAUAAACUUGCCUCACAAGGAAUAUCAAUUCGUGUUGCAUCACCUAAACUCGUGAUGGAGGAAGCACCAGAAUCUUAUAAAAAUGUAACCGAUGUCGUGGAUACUUGUCAUGCCGUUGGAAUUAGUGCCAAAUGUUUCAAAUUAAGGCCAAUCGCUGUGAUUAAAGGAUAACCCGAUAAAAUGCCGAAUCAUUUGAACCUCAGAGAGUGACAUUAAAGUGAUGAAAAAGAAAACAAUUAAUUAUAAAUUGAAUUUGUUUUUCUUUUCUGUCUAUAAGACAAACUUGUAAAUUUCUAUAACGAAAUUAUUGUUCCAUAAAUUUUGACCACUCACAAAGACGAAAACGCUGUUGACAAAUUUUCGUUCAAAUCGAUCUCCUAUCAUUUGCUGCUAAUCAACAAUCAACUAAUUAUCAAUUAAGCGUUUCUUAAAUAACUUCUCUCUCUCUCUCCCUUUCCCCGCGACGGAUCUACGGCAAAACCAGUUUUCUACUAUUUGUAUUAAUCUAAAUUAACUGAUUGUUGUGAAUAAUUAAUUUAACCAAUUCGAUGCCUCCUAUUGUGAUCUACAUCAAUGGAAAGAGUAAACAACAUGAAGAUCUUUAACCUUUUGAUGGCAAAAGAAUCAACAAUGAUUAAUAAAGGAGGAAAAAACUAAA